UUGCGGGUCGAGGAUUCUGGAUCUGUUCGACUUUGUGGAUUUCUGUUAAGUAUACUUUGGACUCCGGCGGACCGCACACAGGCCUGUCGAGUUCAGCCUGUCCUGACAUUCCAGCACGCGCGUGCGUGCUGCGUGCCCGUGGAGUCUGGGAAAGUCGCAAAGUGAGAAUCAACAGAGGCGGAGGAAGGAGGUGCCCCCCCUCAGGAGACGUCCUCCUGAUGAAGAACGUUCCUCCUCCUCACACUCCAGUUUCCACAUUAGAGACAGUGCCAGUUACCGCAACAGGUAAAGAGGAGUGGCCAUGUUGGCCCCCUCCGUCUCCCCAUUAUUACUCCUUUUCCUGCUCCUCUUCUUCCCUCCAUUCCACCUGCUGGAAGACGUUGACGUGACCUCUAACCCCUCUGUGCAAUGGGUGGAGCUAGAUGGGGCUCCUCUCUCUCACCUGGUGCUGGAUCUAAAGGCGGGGCAUGUCUACAUAGGAGGAGUCGACCACCUGUACCAGCUGACCUCUGACCUGGAAGUGAUGUCACACGUGGUGACGGGACCUGAGCUGGACUCUCCGGACUGCCUCCCCCCGAUCGUCGAUGAGGACUGCCGCUCGGCCACGCCUACUCACAACUACAACAAGUUGCUGCUGCUUGAGCCAGGGGGAGGAGGUACAGAGGGGGCGGAGCCGGGGAGCUUGAUUGUGUGUGGUUCACUUUUUCAAGGCAUCUGUGAAAAGAGGAGUCUCUCCAACAUCUCACAGCUCCUCUACCAGACCUCCAACCCCGUCGACACCCAGUACGUCGCCGCCAAUGACCCCCGUGUGUCCACCGUUGCCGUGGUGAUAACGACUGGGAACAAGCAGGAUUUGGGAGGGGCCCUGCGCUUGAUGUUGGUUGGUCGGGGCUACACCACCAAGGGCCCUGGUGAUAUCCCGCCCAUCACCACGCGCCGCCUGUUCCCCGUGGCUCCUCCUCAGCUGGCGUUCUCCCAGGAGGAGGACCUGGGCAAGCUUGUUGUGGGGAGUUACUCUGAGUACAACAACCAUUUUGUGACUGCCGUCACCCACGGCAACCAUGUCUACUUUUUGUUGUCACGGCGGGAUAUGUGGUACAAGAGGGAGUACCGGACCUAUGCCUCCCGUCUCUGCACCUCCGACCGCAGCUUCUACUCCUAUGUGGAGGUUCCGCUGCUCUGCCGCGGCGGAUACAACCUCGCUAAAGGGGCGUGGCUCGGCACUCACAUGGACGCUCCAGCUCUGUUCGUCGUCAUGGCGAUGGGGCAGGCGUCGACGCCUGUGGCAACAGGUCGCUCGGCUCUGUGUGUUUACAGAAUGGCGGAGCUGGACGCCAUGCUGCAGCGAGCGCAGGAACUGUGUUACACUGAAGAAGGGCGCGGGAGUGGCGGUCAGGAGGAGGCCUACAUCGAGUACGCUGUGUCGUCCAAAUGUGUCAAACUAUCCAAGGAUUCCCUGUCGAAGUAUCCCUGUGGAGGAGAACACACCCCAAACCCUAUUGCCAGUGCUGUGCCCCUCCCCGCCACGCCCACGUUCACCGCAACCACCCAGCUGACAGCGGUUACCACAGCAACGGAGGCGGGGCACACCAUCACUUUCCUGGGAGACCGAGAAGGACGAGUGCACAAGGUCUUAGUGCGACCCAAUUUGUCAGGUCAACUGUACGGAAGCGUGCUGGUGGACAGUGGGAGUGCCGUAAAUGCUGACCUCCUAUUGGACGACAGCCAGCAACAUGUUUACGUUUUGACUGAGAGUCGGCUGUUGAAGGUUCCAGUGUCGUCCUGUGAGAGACAGACAGACUGUCAGUCGUGUCUCAGUGUCAGAGACCCGUACUGUGGCUGGUGUGUCCUUGAGGGAAGAUGUUCUCGUAAACAUGAGUGCGGGCGCCACGCUCGGCGCCAUCACUGGCUCUGGAGCUUUGACCCGACGUCUCAGUGCGUGGGGGUGGAGCAUUUGCAGCCGGCCAGUCAGAGCAGAGACGAGCAGACUCGGGUCACCCUGUCGGUUGUCCAGCUUCCUGCCCUCACUGAGGAUGAGUCUUUGUCCUGUGUCUUUGGGCUCCUCCCACCUCAGCCCGCUGUCCUCACGGGAACCAGCAUAACCUGUCAAUCACCUUCACCGGAGCUGCUCCCACCAAUGCCAGCAGACAGUGAUCACAUGAUCCUGCCUGUGUCGCUGAUGUUUGGUCAUGUGACCAUCACCAAGGGUAACAUCACCUUCUACGACUGCGGCGCAGUCAGCCGAUUGAACCAGAGCUCCCAGUGUCUGGCAUGUGUCGGCAGUGUGUGGAAGUGUAACUGGUGCCCCCUAGAUGAGCUCUGCUCGCACAACUACAGCUGUCCAAACCAACAAGUCAUCCUCAAUCAGCAGGAGGCGCCUGGUCUCAUCUCCUGCCCGCUGGUCUUCAGCCUGCAGAGUUCUGCCUUAGUGCCCAUGGGCCUGAGCAUCACUGUGGUGCUGCUGGGAAGAAACCUGGACAUCUACACUGAUGAGGCUCAGUACACGUGUGUGGUGGAAAUCGAAGGCGUCCAGUUCAACUUGACGGCUGCUGUGGACAAAACCGAUGAAAACCAACACACCUUCACCUGCAGCCCGCAUGAGUUUCACUAUAUCGUCAGUCAGUUGCAGUAUUCGGCUCCUGUCUACUUGAGGAGGGGAGAACGACGCAUUGACGCCUCGCCUGGCCUCCGAAUUCAGCUGUACGACUGUUCAGCCGGCCAAUCAGAUUGCUCACAGUGCAGGGCGGUGCCAGAGGAGUACGGCUGUGUGUGGUGUCCAGGAAACUCUGCCCCACAAUGUGUUUACAACAAAUCCUGCUCCCACAUUCCUGUGGAGACCUGCCCCCCUCCUCAGAUCACACAGGUGCUUCCUGUGUCUGGUCCUCUGGAGGGUGGAGUUAUGGUGACCAUCACAGGGUCCAACCUGGGGACAAAGUUUCAGGACGUGGAUGGUGGAGUCACAGUGGCAGGUGUGCAGUGUUUGCCCCGCCCUGAGGGAUACCAAAUCUCAACCAGGGUUGUGUGUGAACUGCAGCCGAGCGGUGAGCAGAGGGAGGGCCCUGUCCUGGUUACCGUGGGAACAACCGCACCUGGAAGAUCACUGCAGAACUUCACCUAUCAGGACCCGUCCCUCCUGGAUCUGGUUCCUGAUAGAGGUCCUGUGUCUGGAGGAACCAGACUGACCAUCAGAGGACGACAGCUGCUGACGGGACAGACGUCUGAUCUCAGCGCCUUCCUCGGCACGCAGCCAUGCUACAUUGUGGAGGAGGUGAACGACACUCAGCUGGUUUGUCAGACCGGUUCCACUAACCACACAGGUGGCGUGACUGUUCAGGUUCUGUUCGGUAAAGCGGUCAGGACGGUUCCUAACGCUGUCUACCGUUACCUUGACGAUCCUGUCAUCACGGAUGCUACGCCCAGCGAGAGCUUCUACGACGGUGGGCGGGCCAUCACGGUGACCGGCAGGAACUUGUACGUGGUGCAGCAGCCAAUCAUCUCAGUUUGGGUGGAGCCUCUGGCAGGUCAAAGGGUGAAACGCAGAAGACGAUUGGCUCUCCUCACAGCCAAGCAGAAGCUGCUCUUCAACAGCACCAUGACAACGGUAUCAGAGCUCUGCAAAGUUGGGUCUUCUUCAGAGAUGACGUGUGUGACCCCCAGAGUGUCCCCAGAGGUCAAAGUGAAAGGUGUCUGGUUCCAGCUGGAUGUCAGGGUCGACUAUGAGAGCAUUAAGGGUAAAAGCUUCACUUAUUAUCCGAACCCGGAGUUUUUUCCUCUUAAUCGUGAUGAUCCUGACGCUCCGUUCCAUUUCAAACCUGGAGGAGUGAUCGCUGUGGAGGGUCAGCACCUGACCAGAGCGAUGACCAGACAGGAAGUGGUGGCCCUGCUCGGAGAUCAGAAGUGUGAGGUGAAAACUCUGGUCAACACUCACCUGUACUGUGAACCACCGGAGACCCAACCAGAGAGUCUGGACAACAACGAGCUGCCCAGCCUCAAGGUGUUCAUGGGAAACCUGGAGGUGGACCUGGGAUUGGUGCAGUACGACACUGACUCUCUGCUUCCCCCCGUCCCAUUGGCUGCUCAGGUGGGUUUGGGAGCUGGAGCAGCCAUGGUCGUCCUGUCAGUGCUGGUGGUCAUCCUGAUGUACAGGAGGAAGAGCAAACAGGCUCUCAGGGACUACAAGAAGGUUCUGCUUCAGCUGGAAACUCUGGAGAUCAACGUUGGUGACCAGUGUCGCAAAGAGUUUACAGACCUGAUGACAGAGAUGAUGGACCUGAGUAGUGAUGUAGGAGGACCAGGAGUCCCCCUUCUGGAUUACAGGAUGUAUGCAGAGAGAGUCUUCUUUCCUGGCCACCAGACGGCACCACUGAGUCGCCAGCUGGACCUCCCGGACUCCAGAAGGCAGACGGUGGAACAGGGCCUCCUUCAGCUCAACAACCUGCUCAACAAUAGGCUGUUCCUGACCAGGUUCAUCCACACGCUGGAGGCCCAGCAGGGUUUCUCUCAGAGGGAUCGGGGUUAUGUUGCCAGUCUGCUCACCAUAGCUCUGCACGAUAAGCUUGAGUACUUCACCGAGGUCAUGAAGAGUCUGCUGCAGGACCUGGUGCAACAAUAUGUGACCAAGAAUCCCAAACUUAUGCUACGCCGGACAGAGACUGUUGUAGAAAAGAUGCUGACCAACUGGAUGUCCAUCUGCCUGUACUCCUUCCUGAAGGAAGUGGCGGGUGAGCCUCUCUACAUGCUCUACAGAGCCAUUAAGUAUCAGGUCGAUAAAGGACCUGUCGACGCUGUGACGGGAAAAGCCAAGCGAACGCUCAAUGACAGCCACCUGUUGCGGGAAGACAUUGACUACUACCCUGUGACACUGACCGUCCUGGUGAAGAACGGAGUUGAGGUUCAGCCGUGUCCUGUUAUGCUGGACACAGACACAAUCACACAGGUGAAGGAUAAAAUCCUGGAUCAGGUCUACAGAGGAGCUCCAUUCUCUCAGAGACCUGCAGCAGACAGUUUGGACCUUGAGUGGCGUUCGGGCCAGGCAGGUCACUUGACCCUGUCGGAUGAUGAUGUCACUGCGGUGGUUCAGGGCCGCUGGAAACGACUCAACACGCUACAGCACUACAAGGUUCCGGAUGGAGCCACAGUCGCUCUCAUGCCUCGCUGUCAAAGCUCAGGAGGAGUCGGCAUUAACCAAGUUUUCCAGACGGGAGAGAAAACGCCAAUGCUGGAGGGUGAGGAGGAGGAGGGUCUGCGUCUGUGGCACCUGGUGAAGAGCAGCGAAGAUCCUGAAAUCCCCAAACACAGAAAGAGCAGCAUGCGGGAACGAGAGCGGGCCAAAGCCAUCCCUGAGAUUUACCUGACCAGACUGCUGUCCAUGAAGGGUAACACGCACCCGCACGGAACGCUGCAGAAGUUUGUCGACGAUGUCUUUGGCAUUCUCAGCACGAAGCGUCCUCCUCCCAUCGCUGUCGCUUUCUUCUUUGACUUCCUGGACGACAUGGCUGAAAAACACAGCAUCGACGACCCUGAAACAGUCCACAUAUGGAAGACCAACAGCCUCCCUCUCAGGUUCUGGGUGAACAUACUGAAGAAUCCUCAGUUCGUUUUAGACGUCCAGGUGACGGACAGCAUCGAUGCCGUCCUGUCUGUCAUCGCUCAGACCUUCAUUGACUCCUGCACCACGUCAGAGCACAAAGUGGGCCGGGACUCUCCUGUGAACAAGCUGCUGUAUGCCAGAGAGAUUCCCCGAUACAAACAGCUGGUAGAGAGGUAUUACAGUGACAUCCACAGUGCCGCAUCUGGCUGUUACCAGGAGAUGAACUCCACUCUGACUGAACUUUCUGGGGGUUUUGCCUCAGAAAUGAACAAUCUUGUUGCUCUUCAUGAACUCUACAAAUACAUCAACAAAUACUACGACCAGAUCAUCAUGUCUCUGGAGGAAGAGAGUUCUGGUCAGAAGAUGCAGUUGGCCUACCGGCUGCAGCAGGUCGCCGCCCUGGUGGAGAACAAGGUCACUGACCUCUGAUGACCCCACCCAUUCAGUCCUAUCAACCUACCUGAAGCACUGAUCUUUGAGUCCGGACCCCCUCUACGGCCGCCAGUCACUACCAACCAUAUGACCUCUGACCCUGAGCCUGAAGAACCCUGGAGUGGCUGUUGAAGGGGAGUAAGGCUGGAGUAACAACAAACGUCGCUGACUUCCUGUUAACACUGUGUCUUCCUGAUGUGCGUGCGCAUUGGCGAUGUGUGAGGUUUUUAUAGUCAAACUCAGGAGCACCAAAAAUGUUGGAUGUUCCCGGAAUCCGUCACACUGCAGGAAACAGCCACAACCUGGAACCUCUCAGAAAGAUUCAUGGCAGCUUCAAGUCUUUAUCGCCAGUGUUUGAGACUUUUGCAAAGAUUUCAAUUUUUUUUUUAAUUCACGUUGAAUCACGUCGCUGUCACUUCAACUCGCUCAUCAGUAUUAAACGUAACCACGCCACAGUCCAUCACAUUUCUUACCAGCAGAUUUUAAAGGGUUUGUUUAGAGAAAUGUGAACAACUCAUCAUCACGGAAUCAGUGGUUUGUUCUUUGGCCAGGUUUAGUUAUUGUCUUUUGCAUUAUUGGUGUUAUUGGUAUUUGUCAAACGCAAACAUCUUGUUACAGAAUGGGUAAGAAGAUAUUUAGAGCAUAGACAUCAAUGAAAAAGUUUACAUUUAUGCUAUAUUUAAAUUAACCAGAAUCUAAAAGUGAAAGUAACACCGGCGCCACAUGGAAGACCGAACGCCAAAUCAACCAAA